AUGUCGGGCGAUGUCAGCGAUGUGGAUGCGCAUCCCGCGGCCUGGGGCGCGCUGGCUGGCGCCGUCGAGCUAGCAGCGCGCGGGGCGGCUGCGGGCGCGGCGGGCUCAGCGCGGCAUGCAGCGGCGGCUGCGGUGCCGGCCGCCGCCCGCACGGCCGUGGGAUCGCUGGCGCCGCUGGUGAUGGCCGUCGAGGCCCCUUCGGCGAACAUCGAGGAGCUCGCCCUCCGCCUCGCGGCGAUGGCUCCAGCCCUGUUGCAGGCCAUGCGCGGCCAGCAGGCAGGAGGAGCCGUCCGUGCGGCGCGGAGCCUUGGCGCGCACGCCUUGCUGGGCGACGGGGCCGCUGCGCUGGCGUCGGCGCUGGAGCGGCCUACCUGCGCCCAGCGGCGCGGGCGCGCUGUGCGUGCUAGGCGCGAGGCGGCGGCAGGGCCAUGGCAGCCUAGCCUCCGCCGCUGCGCUGCAGGCCCAUCCUCGGCGGCCACCGUGCUCGAGGAGGUCGACAGCGAGAUGGGCAAGUCUGGCGGCGGCUCAUCAGGAGGGAGCUGCGUGGGCCCAGGGCCUUGGGCUCCCAGCCUCUGGUGCUGCCGCGAGUCGGGCGAGGAGUGGGCCGCCCCCGUGGCAGGCGGCGGCGAUGCUGCUGCGGACGCCCCUGGCGCCGCGGGCCCCAUGGUGAGGCGCGGCGCCAGGCGCCGCAGGCGUCGCCCCAAGUCCCUGGACGUGGUGAAGACCGUGCGGUUCUCUCAGGCAGGCGUGACCGACUCCGACGACGAGGGCGCUCCUGGCCCUGGCGAGCUGGAGGGCAGCGUCGGCGUCGGCCCCGCGGCCCCUGGGCCGCCUCCGCCCCCGGCGGCUGCUGGCGCGCCGGCCCAGGGUCUGGGCGGCGGUGAGGUGGCGAGCGUGCGGAUCGCAGCGCCAGCGAUGCCCCCGCCUCCGUGGGCUCCUUGCGGACCCUUGAGGCUUCGGGUGCUGCGGCGCCAGGUGGCGGCUAGCGCGGAGGCAACCAUCGUCGACCGCGAGGUUGUGGACGGCGACUUCGAUUCCGAGGUGGAUGAUGACGGCUCGUACCGUGAGCUCGCGGAGCGCGUCUUCCCUCUCCCGGCAGAAGCGGUGGCAGUUGGCGACGAGGACACGCUGCUGCUCCUCCUCCGCGAAGCUGGCAUUGGCUUCUCGUCCGGGCCUCCUGAGGUGCGUCGCCACGCGGCAGGCGUGCUGGCCUCCAUGGAGGGCUUCCUCGCCGAGGGGGCUGCAGGUGAUGGCCCUCCGUGCACCGCCGCGCGCGAUUGCGACAGCAGUUGCCACGUCUCCUCCGUGGAGGGUGUCUUCAGGGACUACGGACCCGACCGUGGCCAGUUCCUCAGAGGUGAGUUUUCUGACGGCAGUGAGCGCGCGGCCGAGUACGACCUCGAGCGUGCCGAAUGGCUGGCCCAGGGCUCGCCGAGCUUCGCGGAGCAGCCGGCGCUUCGCCGCUCCGGGGCCCUGGCCCAGCUUGACGUUUGA